AUGCAGGAUACCACGGUCACUGAGCACGUCCAGCAUCCGAGAAAUACCACCGACAGGACCCCACCCCGCGGCAGUGCAGCGGCACAGCAAAGCCCUGAGGCAGAGAUCUUCCUCGGAAACGGCACCUUCACCAGUGCCAGUGACGGCGCCCCAGGGUUGGGAACCUCUGCUCUCAUCAGCCCUCAAAGGAGGAGCACCGACACAGGCAGCUGCCUAGGGGAGACCCUGGCGGCCAGGCCCCUGGAGCGGAGCCUGCCCUCACGCCCGCGGCGGCUCCGGCCCCGCCCUCUGCCCAGCCUCGCCGCGCCCCUCUUCUGCUCCUGCGGUAAGACCUCGUGGUCGCCCGGGUGUCAGUCCGGGCUGCAGCGCGGCACCGGCCUCCGCAGGCCCUUCCUGCUGCCCUCGCCACCCGCCGCAGGCCACUCCCGCCACCCGCCGCAGGCCACUCCCACCACCCAGGACACGCUCCGCGUCCCACCCCCACACCCGAGAGGUCCUCUGAAGUCCCACGCCGCAUGGGCUCCCUCACUCGCUUCACAGAGCCCUUCCGACGGCCUUCAGGCCCCUCCACGCCAGGUCCCCUCGCCCAUCCCCUUCCGGCGCCGGCCUCCCCGACCACUUCCAGAGGCUCCCUCGCCCCGCGCACCCUGCCCCUCGGACCGCUGCAGGGACGCCAGCCCGCCUCGCGCCGGUCCCCGGGCGAGUCCUCCGAGCUUCCUAGAGCGCCCGGAAGUGCCGGCGGCGUGGGGCGGAGCUUCCGGGGAACGCCGCGCGCGCCCGCGGUUCGGCCGCGUCGGGGUCAGGGGCGCUAUGGGGGCGUGGUUCCGAGGCGGCGCGCGCAGCCUCCUCGGACCGGACGCCUCAGCGCCGGGGGUGCUGCACCUUCUCACUGGCAACCUGACCGCGCCGCACCGGAAGCUUCCCGGCGGGGAGAAGCCUCCCGAGUGCGCUGAGCACGGGAGGGCUUUGGGCCGGAGGCCGGCCGCGGUGGAGCAUCCGCACGGGCGCGGGAAAGCCUUCGUGCCGGCUCGCACUUCCCGCCGCCGGCGGCCGGGAGCCUGCUGCCCCGAGUGCGGCCGCGCGGGGCGCGGGGCCCUCCGGACAGGCUCCCCCUCCUCCCCACCGCUGGCCGAGCCCUCGACCGAGGCUCAGCCGGCCCGCCCGGCGCCCACGGGCGCUUUUGCCACGGUAGGAUCGCACAGCCCAGUUCACCUGGACCUGGCUGUGCCUAAGGCCUGUACUAAAAGGGAACCACGAAGAGCCCGCAGGCCUCCCCGAAUUCUUUCUGCCCUCCGUCUAGUGACCAGCCGUGUUCCAGCAGCACCCGUGCUGGGGGCCCAGCCCCGGAAUGACAACGACCGACAGAGCAGAGCCCACCUACUAGCAACGCACGUGGGCCGCCGUGGUUUCCAGCCACAGAGACUGGGUGCCUGUCUGCUGGUAGAAAGUAGCCGGGAUUAUCCCGGCCAAGGCUCGGUGUGGCCUCGGCUCCAGAAUGAUCUAGGGGGGAUCGGAGGGAAGAGGAGCACUCCCCAGAGGGAAAGGUCCUGCGUGAAGCCUAGAGCCCCCUCGGCCGGUCCUGCGGACCCUCCCCCGGGUCUUCGGGCAGCGCCCGCCGCCGUCAAUGUGAAGCCCCCACUGCAAGCCGCUGGCGAGGGAGACCGGGAGCAAGAGGGGGUCUCCGCAACCGGGAGGAGGGCCGCGAUCGCGAAGCCGCCCCGCCGCGGGCGCUCCCGGCCCCUCUCCGGGGAGCGGGCCCCCCGGGCCUCCCUCGGACGGCCCUCUGCCCCCGCGGCGCCGCCACCGCUCUCCACCCGCACGCGCCUCGUCGGCUCGUUCGUUCGCCCCGCGGCCGCCUCGGCCACCGUCUGGCCUCACCCGGGCCCGGCUGCAGGCGAGGGAGGCAGGGCUCGCAGGGGGUCGCGGCUCCGGGAGGCGGGCGGGGCGGGCGAGGUCCCCCGGACACCGCCGCGAGCGGAGCCAGCGUCCUGCGCGCGCAGCCCACACGGGGAGCAGCCGGGGCGCGCAGUCCCCCCCCCCCCCCCCCCCCACCGCGGCCUAGAGCGUCACCGAGAGCCGCCCGCGCCGCGCCCUCCCGGGCAGCCGAGCGUACAGUCCUCCCGCGGCCUAGAGCGUCACCGGAAGUGCCCGCGCCGCGGCGCUGGGGACGGCGGCGCUUCCGGCGGACGGCGGGGCUGCAGGCAGGUGUACCCGCUGCUGGCGUUCCCACAAGGCACAGCGAGGCGCGCCCCCAGGUCCGGUCUCCAGCACACCAAUGAGACGGCCACCCUGAUGGACACACACACAGCGUCCCUGGCGCCGGCGGCCGGCGGCCGUGCCGCUUCAGUGGCGGAGCGGGGGGCUCCGAGCACAGUGCCAGCGCCGAAGCAGGAGGCUUCCGAAGAAGGGGGGUGCCGCGGGGAGAGCGGUCCGGGGCCGGCCCGGGGGCCUGCGCGGGCGCCGCGGCUUCCGGACGGUCGUGGGGACGAGGAGGCCGGAGGCUCCCCCGGGCCACCAGCCGUCUCCGAGAAACCCGGAGGGGGGGCCGGCCGGGACAGCAGCGGGGCCGCCGCCCCCGACGCAGGCUCCGCGGCGGGGGGGAGAGGCCCCCGGAAAGGGCGGCCUUACCAGUGCGGCGCGUGCGACCGCAGCUUCCAGUGCCACUCGGACGCGGCGAAGCACCGGAGCAUUCACUCCGGGGCGAAGCCGUUCGCCUGCAGCGACUGCGGGAAGGCCUUCAUCCACAGCUCGCACGUGGUCCGCCACCAGCGCACGCACCACGGCGAGCGGCCCUACGUGUGCGAGGAGUGCGGCCGCGCCUUCGGCCAGAGCUUCAACCUGGUGCGCCACCGGCGCACGCACACGGGGGAGAAGCCGUUCGGCUGCGCCGAGUGCGGCAAGGCCUUCGGCCAGAGGUCGGACGCCGCCAAGCACCGGAGGACGCACACGGGCGAGCGGCCGUACGCCUGCGGCGAGUGCGGGAAGGCCUUCGUCCACAGCUCCAACGUGGCCCGCCACCGGCGCACGCACCGCGGGGACAGCCCCUACGUGUGCAGGGAGUGCGGCCAGGCCUUCGGCCAGAGCUCCAACCUGCUGCAGCACCGGCGCGUGCACACGGGCGAGAGGCCCUUCCGCUGCCCCGAGUGCGGCCGCGCCUUCAGCCGCAGCUCCUUCCUCAGCGAGCACCGGCGCAUCCACACCGGCGAGAAGCCGUACGCCUGCGGCGAGUGCGGCCGCGCCUUCAGGGCCCUGUCCGGCUUCUUCCGGCACCGGCGGGUGCACAGCGGCGAGAAGCCCUUCCGCUGCGGCGAGUGCGGCCGCGCCUUCCGCCUGAGCUCGCACCUGAUCCAGCACCGGCGCGUGCACGGCGCCGAGUGAGCCCCGCCCCGCCGCGGCCCGGGGAGGGGGGAGGGGGGAGGGCGCAGCGCCGGGAGACCGCGGGCCGGGGAGGCGGGGGCGGCCUCCGGGCUUUCCGUGCUGUGCCCGCGGCCACCCUGGCCCGCGCUCGGAAGAGGAGGGGGGCCUUAGGGGAGGCUGGUCUUCCCGGAGGGGACGCAGGCCUCCCCGAAGACGGGGCUCUGAUGGGGACGGGGCGGGGGGCCCACCGGAACUAAUCCCGCGUCCACACGCCUCUUGCCGAGGUGUGACUCGCGUACGGCGCAACGCACGGAUCUCGCGUGCGGGUUUUCGGAGACUGGACAAACCAUCUGAUCUGACCUUUAGAACCAUCAUUCUGUCCAGAUUCUAGACUAUGUCCGUCGCCCCCUUCAGCCGUCAGCGUCAGAGGCGAGCAGCGACCUCGUUUCUGUCACUAUAGUUCUGCUCGGUCUAGAACUUGAUGUAAAUAGAAGAAUGAUUUAAUACCUACUUUUCUGUCUUCCUUCUUUCCCUCUACUCCAGGUUUUUGAGAUCCGUCUAUCAGUGUUUUGGUUUGUUUUUGUUCUUGUUUAGUUCUUUUAAAAGGCAGGAGUCACUGUCGACUUUGUAUCAAAGCUGUGUUUAUGUCUGUGUGUCUCCACCCAAGUACAGCCCUUGGUACAGAAAAUGCCAGAGCAGAAUAGACUCCACGGAAGAGGGAAACGUGUAGGGGAGAGUGUGAAAGAUGGCACAGGGAGGAGAGCGCAGGCUGGCGGGGGGCGGCGAGAACACAACUCUGCUUUCGGUGAGCGCAGCUUGGAGAGCUCUCUCUGCUCAGCCUCGGAAACACAGUGCAAGAAAAGGGAGUUUAAGAUACCGGUACUUUCAACAAAUGUUUCCCCAGCACACACCUGUCCAGGCUUUGUGCCACUCUGCUGGGACAGAUUCGUGUGACAUCUGCACGCAGGGACUUCGCAGGUUAGAGAGGUUACAGACCAGGGUAACAAGCCGUGCGGUGCCCAACAAAAAGUCCAGGAACAGAAGUUCCUCCAGGGGACGAAGCACAGGACAGAGGUGCACACCCAUGACGGGACAAGGUGAAGACGCCGGGAAGGGCUCCCAGGAGAGGUGACGCCUGAGCUGGUUCUUCAGGAGUUUUAAUCAACAAAUGGGCUAAAUGUGUUCAAAGCAGGUCAGGGUGCACUAGGGGGUGUGAAGGGGUAUGAGAAAUGUGCUCACCCACAGGACCUCACAAUCUGCAGUCAGAAAAGGCAGGAAGUAAAAUUUAAGUGAAUUCACUGUUCUUGACUUAACCUUUCGUAUCACACUGUGACAGCGUCGUGGAUAUAUGUGUCACCUGCCAGGUAAGAAUGGGGAGAUGUCUUUGUCGCAUGUCCUAGAACUCUGCCGUAAUGAAUUGAGUGAGGUCCCUGUUGUUGAAAGUUUAUCGUGGAAGAUAAAUCUGAGCAGCCACCUGGCCAUGAGUCCUGGGGUCCAGCUUCAUGAUCCAAAUCUAUCUGGUCAGGCUGUGGUUUGGUGCCACCUCAUGGUAAUCGUCUGCUCUGCUUUAACUACUGAUGGUGAAUCAUUUGGGGUCCUGUUACUGGCUGGGACCUCAAAAAUCGUACAAGUCUAGGGCUCUUGAGGGCACCUAUUGAAUUCUUUGAGAGAGUGUGUGCACAUGCCAGUUGGGGAGGGAAGAGAGAGGGGGAAAGAGAGAGAAUCCCAAGCAUGCUCUGUGCUGUCAGCGCAGAGCCCGAUAGGGGGCUCAGUCUCAUGA